AUGAUUGACCUGUACGACAGGGAGGCGCUGAGACUGGACGAGGGUCAGGCCUUGGACGCGGAGCUCGAGGCUCGGAUGGAGCGCGUUGCGCAGUUGUGCAAGUUGACAGAGAAGACGCGUGUGCUGGACGUGGGCUGCGGCUCGGGCGUGAUGCUGCCCUUCUACGAGAGGGCGGGGGCGUCGCUGUCCAGGGUCACCGGCCUGGACCUGUCGCAGGGGAUGCUGACACACGCGAGGAGGGCCUACCCCUCCGCCGAGUUCAUCCGAGGCGACAUCCACAACUUCGAGGACCCAGACUUCAGGCUGUUCGACCGGGUGGUCUUCAACAACUGCUACCACCACCUCCACGACCAGCAGGUCGCGCUCCGGCACGUGACAGAGGAGCUGAUCUCUGGCGGCGGUCUGGUCGUCAUCAGCGAUCCGCGCGGCAAGCAGGGCGCGCUGAAGGACAAGAAGGCCCACCCACACGCGGACCUGCGCGACCUGCCGAGCAAGAACCAGCUGGCGAAGGCGGUGGAGAAGCAGGGCAGCGGCACCACCGGCGUCCACUCGUUCACCAGCUCGCUGCUCUCCGUGGAGUCGGCGCACGAUUUCUACUGCGCGAUCCUGCGGCCGGGCGGCCGGGCCCCGGAGAAAGGAGGCGCCGGGGUGCAGGAGCAAGCGCGCGGCGACAGCAAGUAUAAGAUGCGGGACAGGUGA